AUGAAUCGGGCUGAGUUAGCUGUCUCCAAUGAGUCCAAUCCCACGAAUGCGCAACUUCGUUCAAGAAAGGCAGAUAGUAGCGCCAAGUCGAAACCACCAGUCGGUACCGCCCUUCGGCAGCAGCGACUGAAAGCCUGGCAGCCAAUUCUAACCCCUAAAAAUAUCCUCCCCAUUUUCUUGGUCAUUGGGUUUUUAUUGAUCCCAAUCGGUGGUGUUCUCAUUUGGGCGAACUCUUUGGUCCGGGAGAUCGUGAUUGACUAUUCGGAUUGCUCGAAGGCGCCGCUGGACUCAUCAGAGGCCAUCCCCGAUAGGGUACAGACAACAUUUAAGUCGAACACUAGACAGGAUGCCCGCUGGCAGCGAAGACUCGACCCAGCGACGAAUACCACCACGUGUUCUUUGUUCUUUGAUAUUCCAGAAACCCUAGGACCACCGGUAUAUCUAUAUUAUCGGCUUACAAACUUCUAUCAGAACCAUCGCAGAUACGUUCAGUCGCUUGACCAGGAACAAUUGAAGGGCAAAGCCGUUUCUAACCACACUUUGGCUAACGGCACAUGUGAACCCUGCGCGCUUGAUGAUGCGACCAAAAAAGCCUACUAUCCCUGUGGGCUAAUUGCAAACUCCAAAUUCAACGAUACUAUUGGUCAACCUCAGAAUUUACAAGAGGAGGGGACACCUUUCUACAACAUGACAAAGAAGGGGAUUGCAUGGCCAAGUGACCGGGAAUUGAUCAAAAAGACGGAAUACAAACCGUGGGAGGUUGUCCCCCCACCACAUUGGGCAGGUUACGGCCUCAACUACACUUACGAGAGUAUGCCUAAUCUUCAUGAAGAUGAAGAUUUUAUGGUUUGGAUGAGACCGGCCGGUUUGCCGUCAUUCAGCAAGCUUUCUAGAAGAAAUGAUCAUGACGCAAUGCCCAAGGGGUUUUACAGGUUGGAUAUCCAGGACAGGUUUCCGGUCAUCGAGUACAAGGGGACCAAGGCAAUUCUGAUAUCCACUAGGACGGCGUUGGGAGGCAAGAACCCCGUUUUCGGAAUUGCGUAUGUAGUUGUUGGUGGGCUCUGUGUACUUUUGGGAGUUGGAUUUACUAUUGCACACUCACUUCGACCCAGAAAAUUGGGCGACAGCAACUAUCUUUCCUGGGCUUCUUCAACUUGA